AAGGUUUCGGUCCCAUAGUGUAGGAUUUCAUCUGAAAGUGGAUCCAUAUGUUUCUCUAGCCUGAUCACUUCACAUAAUAACACAACAAUUAUUGUUGUUGUUCAGCCCUUUAAAUGCUCUUGUGGGUUUUAUUCUACGCAUAGUGGAUCAGUGGAUCAGACACCAUGAGGAAAGUCUAUAACCUGGUCAGUCUCACUAAAAACAGGGAACCAACAGAUGCUGUGUUAUCUCUUAACGUUAAGCAAAUCCAGUAUCCAGGGCAGGCGCGAGAAUUCGACAGUCGAUUUACCAAGAUGGGUCGCCGCUCUCUGUCCCACUCCAUUUCUCAUUCUUCUGACAGCAACAGCUCAGGGGGUUCAGAUGCAGAAACUGGAGAUGAUGAGGUCUCUCCCAGAUACAGGGAGCAGAUUAACUCUAAAGGAAAUAGAGAUUUCUGCAUCGAAACCAUCAAGCUGGCCGAUUUUGGCCAUCGAGAGAUAGAGCUUGCAGAGGAAGAAAUGACUGCAUUGAUGGCCUUAAGAAAAGCAGCCCAGGUAGAAAAGCCACUUGCAGGGGCUAAAAUAGUCUGCUGUACCCACGUCACUGCCCAGACAGCUGUGCUUUUCAAGACCCUGACAGUGUUAGGCGCUCAGUGCAGGUGGGCAGCCUGCAAUAUUUACUCCACCCAGAAUGCAGUGGCAGCUGCUUUGGCAGAACAAGAUUUCCCAGUGUUUGCAUGGCGAGGGGAAUCUGAAGAUGACUUCUGGUGGUGUAUUGAUCGCUGUGUAAAUCUUGAGGGCUGGGAGCCAAACAUGAUCCUUGAUGAUGGUGGAGAUAUGACACAUUGGAUAUACAAGAAAUACCCUCACCUCUUCAAGAAAGUCAAGGGUGUUGUUGAAGAGAGUAUUACUGGCAUUCACAGGCUUCAUCACCUGUCUAAAGUGGGAAAACUCUGUGUGCCAGCCAUAAAUGUCAAUGACUCUGUUACAAAACAGAAGUUUGACAACCUCUACUGCUGCAGGGAGUCCAUUCUGGACAGUCUUAAAAAGACCACUGACGUAAUGUUUGGGGGAAAACAGGUUGCUGUAUGUGGAUACGGAGAGGUUGGAAAAGGUUGCUGUGCAGCUUUGAAAGCAUUGGGUUCUGUUGUGUAUGUAACAGAGAUUGAUCCUAUCUGUGCUCUACAGGCAUGCAUGGAUGGCUUUCGAUUGACCAGACUAGGGGAUGUCAUAAAACAAGUGGACAUUGUUAUCACCUGCACAGGUAACAAAAAUGUUGUUGUGAGGGAACACAUGGAUCAAAUGAAGAAUGGGUGCCUUGUCUGUAACAUGGGACGAUCCAAUACAGAAAUCGAUGUGGUAAGCCUGAGAACGCCAGAAUUGGCAUGGCAGCAUGUGAGACCACAAUUGGAUCACAUUAUAUGGCCUGAUGGCAAGAGAAUGGUGCUCAUAGCAGAGGGUCGUGUUCUUAAUCUGAGCUGUUCCACUGUACCUAUAUAUGUGCUUUCCAUCACAGCCACCACACAGGCUUUGGCUUUGAUUGAGCUCUUCAAUGCUCCUGAGGGCCGUUACAAACAAGAUGUCUACCUUCUUCCCAAGAAACUAGAUGAGUAUGUUGCAUGCCUGCACCUUCAGACCUUCGAUGCACACUUGACUGAGCUCACUAAUGAUCAAGCAAAAUACCUGGGUUUGAGCAAAUACGGCCCCUUCAAGCAGAGUUCCUACAGGUAUUAAAUAGGUAGAGAUCACAAAGAAACCUCAACAUUACUCAAAGUCAUAUUUAUCAAAACGAUGGAUCUAAACUAAGGGAACUUCCUAGUGGCUGGUUGAGGACUUGAGUCACCUCGCUUUUCUACUUCACGUGAUAUUACAGGCUUUUACAUUAGGGUUUAGAGUGCACAAAUCUAAAGUGGACUAUAGCAUCAACUUUAUUGCCAUUUUUCUAUUUUUGCUUGCUAUUUUGACAUUUUCCUUUCUAAUGCACACAACAUAUAUUUUUGCCUGCCAAGUCUAAUGAUAAUUUGAAGAGGAAGAAAAAUGCAACAAGUGAAUAGAUAAUAUAUUGUACUGUAUGGUAUUUACCUUCGGCAUGUUUCUCUAAUAAAGAAAGCCAGAAAAUCCAAUGCA